UAAACUAAACCGAGACGCUAUAACUGAGUGUAUUCGUUCCGUUCUGCAAAACUCUGCUGACAAGAAACGUAAAUUUCUUGAAACUGUGGAACUUCAGAUCAGUUUGAAAAACUAUGACCCUCAAAAGACAAACGUUUCUCCGGAACAGUAAAGUUGAAACAUAUUCCAAGGCCAAAAAUGAAAGUUUGUGUUCUUGGUGAUGCUUCUCAUUGUGAUGAAGCAAAGGCCAACGACAUUCCAUGUAUGGAUGUUGAAGCACUCAAGAAACUGAACAAAAACAAGAAAUUGGUCAAAAAAUUAGCAAAGAAAUAUGAUGCUUUCCUUGCCUCUGAUAGUCUAAUCAAGCAGAUUCCACGUUUGUUGGGUCCAGGUCUGAACAAGGCAGGAAAGUUUCCCACAAUGCUUACGCAUAGUGAGAAUAUGAUGCAAAAAGUACAGGAUGUUAAAGCAACCAUCAAAUUUCAAAUGAAAAAGGUGUUAUGUUUGGCUGUGGCCAUUGGCCAUGUUAAGAUGUCAGAGGAUGAUUUAUAUAACAAUACUCUAUUGGCCAUCAAUUUUUUAGUGUCUUUGCUUAAAAAGAAUUGGCAAAAUGUUCGUGCACUUUAUAUUAAAAGUACCAUGGGCCCUUCACAGCGGUUGUAUUAGCUAUUGAGGUUUUCAAUAAAGCUUGAUUGAUUCUUCA